CUCCACUAUGCAGUGAGUAAAGACACCGGUUGAAGUUGCCCAAGCAACCACAGGCGCUAGGAGGAGGAAAUUCUCAUUCCCAGGGACGAGAUUUCUAUGGUUUGAUAUAUGGCAUUUCCUGUCAGUGUAAAUAGACUGUUGAGCUGACAUGGCUUCUGGACAAUUCAGUAUUGUUUUAAACUGAAGACAAAAGAGCAUCAAGGAAAAUAUUCUCCGAUGCAAGAACCAUUAUACAGUGCAAAUGAAUGCGGCGGUGUGUAUGUCAUUGUGUUAGCAAGCUAACAUGGACCUGGGAUCAAUGUUGUACAACAAUUUGAAAGAUGUAACAUGGAGCACGACGACUCUGUCCCUGGAUCGACUUGUCAGUGCCUACAGACUACCGCAAAUUGUGAAACUGGAUGGUGGGCAGACAGUGGAGGGAUUGCGUGAAAAUGACUACCUCUUGCUUCACUCAUGUCGGCAGUGGACCACAAUCACCGCCCAUAGCCUGGAGGAAGGCCAUUAUGUCAUCGGCCCCAAAAUCGAGAUCCCGGUCCAUUACGAGGGCCAGUUUAAGUUACUUGAACAGGACAGAGACGUCAAGGAACCUGUGCAGUACUUCAACAGUGUGGAGGAGGUGGCCAAGGCUUUUCCAGAACGGGUAUACGUGAUGGAGGAAAUCACUUUCAAUGUCAAGAUGGCUUCAGGCGAGUGUAACGAGGACACGGAGGUGUACAACAUCACCCUGAACACGGGCGACGAGCUGACUCUCAUGGGCCAGGCCGAGAUCCUGUACGCCAAGACGGCCAAAGAGAAGUCUCGUUUCAACACCAUCCUCAAGCGCAUCGGCAAGCUCAACUCGCUGGGCAAGCUGGGCCGCGGCAAGAUGCCGUGCCUGAUCUGCAUGAACCACCGGACCAACGAGAGCAUCAGCCUGCCCUUCCAGUGCAAGGGCCGCUUCAGCACGUGCUCGCCUCUGGAGCUGCAGAUGCAGGAGGGCGAGCACAUCAUCCGCACCAUCGUGGAGAAGACACGGCUGCCCGUCAACGUGACCGUGCCUAGCAGUCCGCCGCGCAACCAGCACGACCUGCACCUGAUCCGCGAGGGCCACCGCUACAAGCUGGUCAACAUCCAGACCAAGACGGUGGUGGUGUGCUGCGCGCUGCGCUCCAACAAGGUGCUGCCCGUGCACUUCCCGCUGCACGUGUCCCUGCUGCCGCGCCUGCUGCUGCCCGAGGGGCUCCUGCAGGGGGAGCCGUGGCUGGAGACGGUGGUACACCGCUGGUUCACCUUCUGCCAGGAGCAGUUCAACAUCGAUGACUACUCGCGGGCGGUGCGGGACGUGCGCGUGGACUGGAGCGAGGAGGGCAAGAGCCCCAAGAAGGUUGGGGUCGCUGGGACCGGGGGAGGUGGGAUUAGCGGUGGGAGUGGAAGCGGUGGAGGAGGUGGGGUAGGCGGGAGCAACGGAUGCCCAGGCCACGUCCACCUCCCCAGCUCGUUGAGCUCGGCCCGAGACGAGCUGACGCAGUCCUUCCACCGCCUCUCCGUCUGUGUCUACGGCAGCAACCUCCACGGCAACAGCGAGGUGAACCUGCAGGGCUGCGUGAGCCUGUGCGGGGAGUACGCCCCUCCGGAGCCGCCCGAGACGGAUUACCUGCUGCCCGAGCUGACGGAGAGCAGCCCAGGGCUGGGCUCCCUCAAGUCUGACGUACCCUACGAAGAGCUGUGGCUCGACCACAUUAAGAGCCAGGCGCCAUGCUCUUCCGCGCUAACGCUAACGGAACACUGCAAGCCCGUUGUCAGGGGCAACACGACUCCUGUGCUGCAGUACCCAGUAGGAGGCCCCGCCUGCCCCCUCUUAAGCUCGGACCUCAAUCUACCUCCACCCCCGGUGCCUCCCAAAUCUGAAGCUGUGAAGGAGGAGUGUCGGCUCCUGAACGCCCCACCCAUCCCUCCACGGAGCUCCAAGCAGACGGGUGUCCUCUCGUGUUCCGCCCCGGCCGCCGCCGCUCCGCUUCCCCCGGCCAAAGCCAGGCAGCAGGACACGCGAUCGCCCAGCCCCACCCUCUCCUACUACUCCUCUGGCCUGCACAACAUCAGAAGCGGGGAGAAGGAGGUGUGUGAUUCAGACGAGCAGAGUCAGCCAUGCUACCCGUGCCACUGGCUGCGUGCGGGCGAGGGCUCCGUAGGCGGCACCAGCACCUGCCUGUGCCCCUCGCCCCUGGACGGCACGCCCUCCCGCCUGUCGUGGCCCAACGACUUCUGCGGCGCCGACUCGCGCGCCUCAGGAGACUUUGCCUCCAUCCACUGCCGCAGCUACUCCAGCUACCCUCGCAAGCGCACCCCCGGCACGCCCAAGGCUUGCACCUCUGGCCUGUUUGACUUUGAGGGGAGCCACAGGGGAGGGGGAGUUGCGUCCUCCAAAUCCUCGCUGCAGUCCCACAUGGGCCAGUUCCACACAAAGUCCACCAGCUACACACUGGAGGUGUGCAGAGAUAAGCCCAUUGAGGAGUGCGAUGCCAAACAGAGCCAAUCCUGCCCCAUCUUGCCCCCGAGGACACCCAAGCCAAGUGACGCCAGGAAGGACACGGACAUGGCGACGGCGAUGGUGGCAGCAGCUGAGUCUGACGCCACAGAACUGGUGGACUCUGCUGCAAAGAGCUCAUUUGAACAGCAGCAGCAGCAGCAGCAGCAGGAGGAACAAACCACCACAACCGCGACCGAGGUAUUUGCCAUCUCGCACUCGCACACAGACAUGUUGGAAUCGUCGUGGAAACCACCCACCAACCUGUCAGGAUUGUCUAUUGAGGAGGUGUCGCACUCGCUGCACUUCAUAGGGCUGUCGGAGGACGUGGUGGCCCUGUUUGUGUGCGAGAAGAUCGAUGGCAACCUCCUCUUGCAGCUGACUGAGGAGAUCCUCUCAGAGGACUUUAAGCUAACUAAACUCCAGGUAAAGAAACUGUUGCAGUUUAUUGGUGGCUGGAGGCCCAAAAUGUAGUAAUAAUAAUAAUAAUGAAAAAUAAUAAACCUGAACAAAAAAAAAAUUCAAAACAAAACUAGUCGGUGCAAGGCACAUUAAAUGUGUCACAACUGACGGUACCUUGGCCUUGUGUAUUGCCCUAGACAGUUUUGUAUCUGAACACUAUGCACAUUCAGUGGUGGCCAUUUUGUUUGUCUAAUAUACAUACAUAUAUAUAUGUAUAUAUAUAUAUGGGGUGCUUUUAUGUAUUAACUAUACGGUAUGUCUGUAUAAUAACGAUAUGUAUCUCUGUCUGACUCCCUUCCUGACCUCUGUAAAGACAUGCACAAUGGAAACACUUGCUCAAACCCAAAGCCUUUCACAAAGCUUAAUCAAUUUUGAUUUACACAAACAAUCAUGGAUUAGAGCAAGGAUGGUAAAGAUUGUUGUUUGACAAGGUGAAGUCUGCUAAUGAUGACCGAUUGUUGUACAAUUGUAUAAACAGUGUAAUGAAGUUCUAUGAAGAAACCGCAUUUUUCCCCCCUUCAAUAUUUUGCCAUGAUAAGAUGAGUGAUUUGCUUCACCACCUUGCUAUGGUAAAAAUAAUCCAAUGUCUGUACCCCCUGUUCCUUGUCAGAUGCUUUAUGUUGAAGCAACUGUGAACCCGGCCUGUGAUUGCCUUAGUAUAUAUAACAGGUCUACUAAUAAAGCCAUAUGAACCAGGUGAUUGCCAGUGCAGAAUGCAACUUUUGGGCAUUGCAAAAAAAAAUAAUAAAGAAAAGAGAAUGUUUGUCAACCAA